AUGGACCGAAGAAUUCCGCGCACCCGGACAGGUUUCCUCUCUUGCCGUCAACGGAAAAAGAAAUGCGAUGAGACUAAGCCGCAAUGUCGCGCUUGCACCCGCAACAAGUUGCCAUGCUCGUGGCCUCCCCAUAUAGUCCGGAUAUUUGGUCUCAAUUCUGGGCCACCGAUUUCUGAUGAUGCUCCUCCGCGUGAACGUGAUCGAACCAGGGGUUCCUGUCACCCCGAGACCAAAAAUGCGCCCGCAUCCAUGUCAUCGUCCGCUCGGGCCGCCAACAUGGAGUCCAAUUUGCCCUCUGAUCAUGCCUAUCGCGCUAUGGAUGAUAGGGAAAAUCAUAUUGCGUCAUGGUGUCCGGAGCUGAAAGCGUUCUUGAGUCCGAGACGACCGAUGUUACUGCCGGACUCCCAAAUCCUACUGUCACACUAUCUGGACGUUACUGGUCCCAAACUGGCCCCGGCCCCCGGUACACCUUUUGUUUCCUGGCUGUUACCGGUUGCUUAUAGUGACGAUCUGCUAAUGAAUGGCAUUCUCGCUCUAAGUGGGGGCCAUCUCCUGUAUAAACUACCAGAAAACUGUGCAAUCCAACGGGCAACCUCCCGACAUUAUUCCCUAGCGUUGAAGAGUCUUCGACAGGUGCUGAAGGAUGAGUCGACGCUGAUUGAACCUCUUGUAGUUAUUCGAGUAGCUUUGUCGACUGUUCUUCUGUUUCACUAUGAGGUGGUCUCUGGGCACCUGGACGGAUCCCCCUUUCCCCACCUGCGCGCCGGUCGUCAUCUCAUCCUACGCCUGCGAAAAAAUGGCCACUUGCUCACGUCAAGUGCAGAGAGAAAGCUGUUUGGGUUUGUAGCUGAAGUGUAUUCUUACAUUGUCCUAUCCAACAGCAUCACACCAUUCAACAUGAAUUGCAAUAGGACUCUUAUUUAUGACUCAUUUCUGCAGUCACUGGAUGACCUGCGUGACUGGGGCGCAUUUGGGGUCAUGUUCAGUGGGUUCCACAGUCUCUUUGAACUCAUAUCCUCCGUUUCUCUCUUUGCGGGAGAGCAAGACGCACAGUCAUCGACAGGUACCCUUCUACCACUCGACCGCUAUGAGACAUAUGACCAACUGAAGAUGCGCAUCGGCCAUUUGGAACUUUCUGCGAUAGAACACCCCGACCCUGAGGUGCUUCCUGGGCACAGCACAGCCUUGGGUGUGUUCCGAAUCGUUUUAUUGGUCUUUUUGGAAACCGCGGUCUCGCCAUUCUCCAAACAUGACUUAAUACGCGCGCAUCACCUGCAAUCUUUGCUGGAUCAAGCCGUACAGUAUCUCCCGGAGAUGCUCGCGUCAAAUUAUUCCUGUAUCUUGAUGUGGCCCGUUAUGGUAAUUGGAUCGUGCUUGAUGAAAGAAGAGCAGCGUAAUGUAAUCACGCAUCUCUUAAUCCAUAAUCAUUACGUUAUGAGAAACACUGCCCAAGCUAGCGUUCUGCUUCAAUUACUCUGGGACGAUCCUGACGAAUAUGCGUUUGGACCAUACGGUCUUGGGCUAUUGAUGAGAAGACACGGAUUGGACUAUGGUGUUAUAUAA